UCUUUCUUUAUGAGGAUGUAGAAUAAUUAGCAUGAAAAUCUGUCUCCAAUUGAAUGGAAACCUCGCUACCAUUCUAAAAAAAAUGUUUUGUCGCGCACAGUACACGGUUGUGAGUUGCAACACGAGUCACAUCGUUUGACUCCGGCAAAGAACCUGUGCUGUGGGUACUGACAUCAAUUCCUUCCCUCGUUCUAACGAUAACCGCUGCGGGAGAAGAAUCUUCUUCAUUUAACGAAGGUGUUGGCAGGUUGCGGUUGUAACCUGCUAUACCAGACUCGCAAUAACCUCUCCGCGGUGUAUUGGCUGAACAAGUGUGGAUGCCGCGCGAACACACACAUACAGUGCAGACAGUGGGAGAACGCUGUUGCAAUCAGGCAUGGUGGAACUUGUACUGCACUUUACAGCAAAACAAUAAACACAUUCAUCUGAAGAGAACAGACACCUGUCUGAUGGGAUUUCAAAGAGAAGAGAGUUCGCAAACUGGACUGUCUAAUUUGGAAAAAGAAAGACGACAAUACAUACAGUAUUUUGGGAUGAAUAUAAUUUUUUUUUAAAUAAGCAUCCUCUGAAAUUGUCUUUCUGAACAUGAAAAAGUACUUCUGUUUGUAAAAGCAAUAAACUACUGUAUUAGAACCCUGCCGAUCAGAACAGAGAAGUAGAGACUCGUGUCGUUCUAAAAAAACUUAAUCCAAGUGGUUUGGUGCAAAUUUAUUCUUCUAUAUCAACCACCACGCCGAGACUCAUUCGUGUCUCUCAUUGGAGAGAUCGCAGUGAAAUAACGGACUCCUUAGCGGACGCGAUCACGUCAGAUGAAUCCUUUUCAAAGAGAAGGACUAGGCUAUCACUGAGCUCACACAUCAACCCACAAUAAUGCCUACAGAAAUACAAGCAAGUGGCUGUACAUGUCAAACUACGUUUGGAUUGUCAGGAAUUCGCAUGUAAGCUCUCUUCCCGUUGAGCAACAUCAGUAGCUGUCACCUCCCUCUCUUCUCCCUCCCUCCCUCCAUCCCUCUCUCCUUCCGUGAGGUCCUGUUAAGCCACUCCCACUGACCCCCUGACACCUCGUUGCCAUGGAAAGCCUGAGCGAGCUCCAGAACCCGCUCUUGGACAAGAACAGCAAGCACGUCGUCAACGGUUACGGGGGCGACUUCCCUAACAACCAGUACCAGGAGAAUAUUAUCAACUACUUCGUAACCGGCGGGAACGGAGGAGGAGGUGGAGGAGGUAACACUAACAACGGUACGGUGGCCCACGUGGGACAAAACAACAGCAACGGCAAAAUGAAAGCUCAACAACUCCUGGACGCCACCUCCCUCCAUCUGGCCGUCGAGGCCUUCUACAGGCCUAACUUCAUCCUGUACAAGGAGGAAGGGGGAGGCGGCGGCGGCGUCAAGGCCAAGGAUUAUAAGAGCGAGUGCUGCGAGACUACCUUCACAGAGAAGAAGGAGAAGGAGAGGGAGGCGUCUGUAGCAGUGGAGACCCCCGGAAGCACAGAGGACCCUCAGGCCAAGCUGCUAGAGGACGGAGACAACGUGAAGAUACAGACUGUCUCCUAUGAGGUGGAGGAGGAGGAGUAUGUAGAGUAUGAGACGGACUGCUCCAGCGACAGCGAGAGUGAAGAUAACUUCAUAGUGAUCCCACCCAGAGACCACCUGGGCCUGGCCAUCUUCUCCAUGCUCUGCUGUUUCUGGCCCCUGGGCAUCGCUGCUUUCUACUUCUCCCAGGGGACCAGUAAGGCGGUGACGAAGGGUGACUUCCCGCUGGCGAGCAUCGCAUCCCGGAGGGCGCUGUUCCUUGCGGCCCUUUCCAUCACCAUCGGGACAGGGAUCUACGUUGGGGUGGUGGUGGCCCUCAUCGCCUACCUCUCCAAGCCUGGACACGUAUAGCAGCGCCUGACCUCCGGACCACCGGGGAAAAGCAGGACAACUAGGAACUGUCUCUUCCUGGAAUGGAACUUUUUUGGGGACAUAUUCCUCCUUCUCCCUCCAUCCCUCCAUCCCUCCGUUCUUCUCCUGGACAACCAGAGGAACCACAGAAGAGGAAAGGAAGGAUGAACCACCACUCUCAAUGAACACGGCUAAUGCCAGGGGUUAGAACUGCCCCUCUCCGGAACAUAACAGCGCUCCUGACAAUGGAAACAGUUUUUGGGGCAUGUUCCUCUGUCUUUCUCUCUCUCAUCCAUACAUCUGUCUAUCCUCCCCCUUUAGCUUCCCUACGGGUGGUCCCGUGUCAGCAAAGAUUAGAUGAACAGACUGAGAAGGGCAAGGCAGGAAGGGAGGUGGAGGAGGAGGAGGAGAGCAAGGCGAAACCAGGACAGACUGAAAACAGAAAUAUUUCUCUGGGAAAAGUUACCUGAGUGAAGUUGAAGAGAAUUUAGUUCUGCCAUUCCGCUGUUCUGCUCCGUUGUCUUCACCCCCCUGUAGGGUGUUUGAACUCUGCUGUGUUCAACAUUCUACAAACCAUUACAGAAACAGACAGGGGAGGGAACAGACAUGGAAAAACAUGGACGCCAAUUACUGAGACUUUAGGGAAUGGAGGAACUUCAAGGGGCCCCAGUGUCUGGAGGACUCACUGAAAAUAUAAGCUGAAACACUAAAAACCUUGAGUUCUCUGUGUCAUCUGAACUUCUAAACAGGGUUUGAAAAUGUUGACUAUUUGGAUCCCCUGCUACUGACUGACUACCCCUUUUUUUGAAUAUACCAUCAAAUGCUUCUUCAAUUGGCCUGGUUUUAGGCCUAACGCUGGGUGGUUCUCUGUCAACAUGAAGACGCUCGUCUGAGAUCCUUUUAGACUAGCGAGAGCGAGAGCGAGAGCGAGAGCGAGAGAGCGAGAGAGCGAGAGAGAGAGAGAGAGAGAGAGAGAGAGAGAGAGAGAGAGAGAGAGAGAGAGAGAGAGAGAGAGAGAGAGAGAGAGAGAGAGAGAGAGAGAGAGAGAGAGAGAGAGAGAGAGAGCCCUCUUCCCACUGAUGGGGUAGUCAUGUAACAGGUCCUUAUUGCUUUCUGACUUUCAGAACUUGAAAGUCAGAUCAAACAUUUCUGUCUAUCCCAAAGGCAUGUUUUCUUCUUAAUAAAGGAGACUAUCUGGGCUAUUGUCAACAAACUCAGAACUGUUAGUCACUGUUUGUUGACAUGACAACAAGAAAGCAAAGCUGCCAAACAUUGACAGAUCUCACAAUUCUAACUUUAAUUAAUAACAUAAUUAUUGUGUGUGUGUGUGUUUUUCUAACUGAACAAACUGUGUUGGCAGAAAUUGAAUGAUCUAAAUUCAAAGGGAGAGAAAAAGCUAAUUUCCUGCUCUCUGCAGGUGAACUGGACAGACACUGGGGAGAGAUGUACAGUGCUGAAGUGGUUUCCCCUCCCUGAAGCGGCAUCAAUAUCAGUCCAUCAAAGAGAAACGUCAUAGGAUCUACCUAAUAAUGUCUUGUUUUGGUCCGUUAGGGUUCUGCCUUACCUCCAUACGUCCAAGCUAGUGUUUCUAUGUGGUUCCCCCCUCUUACUUUCUAAGGUACCUUCCCUGAACCCUGCCUGAAGGUGUAUUCAGAUCUACUGGCUUGACCGAACAGUCCCCGAACAGUCCUCGAACAGUCCUCGAACAGUCCCCGAACAGUCAUCGAACAGUCCCCGAACAGUCCCCGAACAGUCCUCGAACAGUCCUCGAACAGUCCCCGAACAGUCAUCGAACAGUCCCCGAACAGUCAUCGAACAGUCCCCGAACAGUCCCCGAACAGUCAUCGAACAGUCAUCGAACAGUCAUCGAACAGUCCCCGAACAGUCCCCGAACAGUCCCCGAACAGUCCCAGAACAGUCCCAGAACAGUCCCCGAACAGUCAUCGAACAGUCCCCGAACAGUCCCCGAACAGUCCCCGAACAGUCCCCGAACAGUCCCCGAACAGUCCCCGAACAGUCAUCGAACAGUCAUCGAACAGUCCUCGAACAGUCCCCGAACAGUCCUCGAACAGUCCUCGAACAGUCCUCGAACAGUCCCGAACAGUCAUCGAACAGUCCUCGAACAGUCCCCGAACAGUCCUCGAACAGUCCCCGAACAGUCCUCGAACAGUCCUCGAACAGUCCCCGAACACUGGAUACUUAGCAGUAGACAGAAGUGUAUUUCUUUUGAUGUUUCCAGUAUUACAGUGUUACAGCAGAGGUGUCCGCACAUCCGGUUCAGUUCCUCUUAAAGUCUUUUUCACUCAGAAAGAAAAGGGCUUAACAUAAAUUGUAACAAAAUACAGAAAGAACAAAAAUAUAUACAGUACCAGUCAAAAGUUUGGACACAUCUACUCAUUCCAGGGUUUUUCUUUAUUUUGACUAUUUUCUACAUUGUAGAAUAAUAGUGAAGAAAUCAGAACUAUGAACUAACUCAUAUGGAAUCAUGUAGAAACCAAAAAAGUGUUAAAUAAAUUAAAAUAUAUUUUAUAUUCUUCAAAGUAGAAUUUGCCUUUGCCUUUGCCUUGAUGACAGCUUUGCACUCUUGGCAUUCUCUCAACGUUUCUCAAAUAUUGAACGUGUUUUGGCAAUAGCGACACUUUUUAACCAUCUCUAUAAUGUACAGUGCCUUCGGAAAGUAUUCAGACCCCUUGACUUUUGCCACAUUUUGUUAGGUUACAGCCUUAUUCUAAAAUAGAUUUUUUUUUUUAUGCAUCAAUCUACACACAAUACCCCACAAUAACAAAGCAAAAACAUGUUUUUAGAAAUGUUUGCGAAUUUAUAAAAGAAUUUAAAAAAAAAAAAUAUUACGUUUACAUAAGUAUUCAGACCCUUUACUCAGUACUUUGUUGAAGCACCUUUGGCAGCGAUUACAGCCUCAAGUCAUUACAGCCUAAACCUUUGGCAGCGAUUACAGCCUUGGAUAUGACGCUACAAGCUUGGCACACAAGCUUGGCACACCUGUCUCGGAGCUCUACGGACAAUUCCUUUAACCUCAUGGCUUGGUUUUUGCUCUGACAUGCACUGUCAACAGUGAGACUUUAUAUAGACAUGUGUGUGCCUUUCCAAAAAAAAAUUCAAUCAAUUGAAUUUACCACAGGUGGACUCCAAUCAAGUUGUAGAAACAUCUCAAGGAUGAUCAAUGGAAACAGGAUGCACCUGAGCUCAAUUUCGUGUCUCAUAGCAAAGGGUCUGAAUACUUAUGUAAAUAAGGUAUUUCUGUUUUUUGAAUUUUUUAUAAAAUUGCAAAAAAAUAAAAAAAAUGUUUUCACUUUGUCGUUAUGGGGUAUUGUGUGUAGAUUGAUGAGGAUGGUUUAUUUUAUUUUAUAAUAAGGCUGUAACGUAACAAAAUGUGGAAAUAGUCAAGGGGUCUGAAAACUUUCCGAAGGCGCUGUGUAUGAGUUGGACUGCAGAGUGACGGAAAAGCAGCCAACAAGUGUUCAGAAUAUGUGGAAACUCCUUCAAGACUUUUGUAAAGGCAUUCCAGGUGACAACCUCAUGAAGCUGGUUGAGAGAAUGCCAAGAGUGAGCAAAGCUGUCAUCAAGGCAAACGUUGGCUACCUUGAAGAAUCUCAAAUAUAAAAUAUAUUUUGAUUUGUUUAACACUGCUUUGGUUACUACAUGAUUCCAUAUGUGUUAUUUCAUAGUUUUGAUGUCUUCACUAUUGUUCUACAAUGUAGAACAUAGUAAAAAUAAAGACAAACCCUUGAAUGAGUGGGAUGUGUCCAAACUUUUGUCUGUUACUAUAUACAUACGUUUAUAUAUAUAUACAUACGUGUAUACGUUUAAAAAAGUUUGGGGUCACUUAGAAAUGUCCAUGUUUUUGAAAGAAAAGCACAUUUUUGUCCAUUAAAAUAACAUCAAAUUGAUCAGAAAUAUAGUGUAGACAUUGAUAAUGCUGUAAAUGACUAUUGUAGCUGGAAACGGCAGAUUAUUUUAUGGAAUAUCUACAUAGGCGUACAGAGACCCAUUAUCAGCAACCAUCACUCCUGUGUUCCAAUGGCACGUUGUGUUAGCUAAUCCAAGUUCAUAAUUUAAAAAAACUAAUUGAUCAUUAGAAAACACUUUUGCAAUUAUGUUAGCACACCUGAAAAAUGUCAUCCUGAUUUUAGAAGCAAUAAAACUGGCCUUCUUUAGACUAGUUGAGUAUCUGGAGCAUCAGCAUUUGUGGGUUUGAUUACAGGCUCAAAAUGGCUAGAAACAAAGAACUUUUUUCUGAAACUCAUCAAUCUAUUCUUGCUCUGAGAAAUGAAGGCUAUUCCAUGUGAGAAAUUGCCAAGAAACUGAAGAUCUCGUACAACGCUGUGUUCUACUCCCUUCACAGAUCAUUGCAAACUGGCUCUAACCAGAAUAGAAAGAGGAGUGGGAGGCCCCGGUGUACAACUGAGCAAGAGGACAAGUACAUUAGAGUGUCUAGAUUGAGAAACAGAUGCUUCACAAGUCCUCAACUGGCAGCUUCGUUAAAUAGUACCCGCAAAACACCAGUCUCAAUGUCAACAGUGAAGAGAUUAAGAUGGGCAAAAUAACAUAGAUGACGGACAGAGGAAGAUUGGAAAAAAGUGUUAUGGACAGACGAAUCUAAGUUUGAGGUGUUCGGAUCACAAAGAAGAACAUUUGUGAGACUCAGAAAACAUGAAAAGAUGCUGAAGGAGUGAACCAUCUUUCAAGCAAGAUAAUGUGCUGGUCUGGGGGUGCUUUGGUGGUGGUAAAGUGGGAGAUUUGUACAGGGUAAAAGGAAUCUUGAAGAAGGAAGGCUGUCUCUUUAUUUUGCAUCGUCAUGCCAUACCCUUUUGACGGCGUUUAAUUGGAGGCAAUUUCCACCUACAACAAGACAAUGACCCAAAGCACAGCUCCAAACUAUGAAAUAACUAUUUAGGGAAGAAGCAGUCAGCUAGUGUUCUGUUUAUAAUGGAGUAACCAGCACAGUCACCGGAUCUCAACCCUAUUGAGCUGUUGUGGGAGCAGCUUGACCGUAUGGUACGUAAGAAGUGCCCAUCAAGCCAAUCCAACUUGUGGGAGGUGCUUCAGGAAGCAUGGGGUGAAAUCUCUUCAGAUUACCUGAACAAAUUGACAACUAGAAUGCCAAAGGUCUUCAAGGCUGUAAUUGCUGCAAAUGGAGGAUUCUUUAACGAAAGCAAAGUUUCAAGGACACAAUUACUAUUUCAAUUAAAAAUCAUUAUUCAUAACCUUGUUGACCUUCUUGACUAUAUUUACUAUUCAUUUUGCAACUCAUUUCAUGUUUGUUUUCAUGGAAAACAUUUCUAACGGACUCCAAACUUUUGAACGUGUGUAUAUAUAUAUAAUAUCCCCCUCAGUCCUAUAGCUAUUUACCUGAUGUAACUUCAAGACUUUAUCAUCCAAUUAUUGUUCUCUAAAACUGUCCUCUGCUCUAGUCUGCGUCCCAAAUAUCCCCUAUGUAGUGCACUACUUUUGACCAGGGCACAUAGGGCUCCGGCCAAAUGUAGUGCUAUACAAAAGGAAUAGGGUGCCGUUUGCGACGCGUUAGUCCCUGUGGUCUAACUCAGUGUUGUGGUACAACACAGACAACUAUUCAAUACUAUACAUUCCCAGGACCCAGGUAGAGUGUGGGCAGUGAAGCACUGCAACCCAACUCUAUACACUUACAGCUCUCUAUCUCUCUCACCCUUCCUCCCUCCCUUCCUCCCACCCUCACCCUAACUCCCUCCCUCCCUCCCACCCUUCCUCCCACCCUCACCCUCUACCUCCCUCCAUCUCCCUAACUCCCUCCCUCACCCUCUCCCUAAUUCCCCCCCUCUCUCCCUCCUUUCCUCACCCUCUCCCCAACUCCCUCCCCCCCCUUCCUCUCCCCCCCCUCUCCCCCCCUCUCUCGUCAUGCAUUAGUCAUACCUGACAUUUAUCAGUCACAAUUAUCUCCCUAUAAUGGUUUUCUCUGUAAGAGAGAAUCAGCAUCUCUCUAGACUAGAGCAUAGCCCAACAAAGUAGCCAAACAACCUACAACCCAAUACAUUUCAAAUCUGGCCUGUUGGUCAGUUUUCCAGUUGUGGGUUGUUACAGUCGAGUGUAAUGAUGUGAAAAGAACUGCCAUUUGCCUGUCCGUAGCGCUCAGAACACAAAACAUUUGGUAUUUGUCCCAAAUGACACCCUAUUCUCUAUGGGCCCUGAUCAAAAGUGGUGCACUAGGUAGGCAACGGGGUUCUACUUGGGAUGCAUCCCUUGGAGAUAUAAAGAGGAAAGACAAUGUCAGUCCACUAAUGAAGACGAACCAUGUCGACUUGGCUCCUGAGGGAAAUGGUUGGGAAGUUGUUUUGCUAUAAUGGCUACCAUUAAAACUAAUUUAAUAGCAGCUGUAGGCAGUGGCAGUUAUUUUAACAGCAGCAGUUGGUCGGCCAUUUUGUUUUCCAACUGCUAUGGGCAUUGUCUCGCCAGUUGGGCCCACCAAGCUAAUUUUGUCUGACCAUUAUCAAAAGACAAAACAGAGAGACUUCUUCACUAGGCUAGACACUGAGGCCAUGCGCGCGCAAACACACACAUUAGACAGACACUAGACAGACACACAUUAGACACACACUAGACAGACACAUUAGACACACACACACACACACACAGACUCACACACACACACACACUUACACACACUAGAAGCAGGCAGAAGGUGGAUGGCAGACCCAGAUAACAGCACAUUAUGGCUUAAUUGAUUUGCUAGUGUUUUUGUCCAUUAGCACAUUCACUACCCAAUGAACUGAACCCCCCUUGCGGUUUAGACCUGGUUACUUCCUGUUCCUGCUAGAGGAUCCACCCGUGACCCCUUUUACAGUGUGUCCCCAUGGCAACCGUUUGGCCCCACCAGUUUGUGGCAGAGCUAUCGAUUAAGACGUGUCUCUUCGUCCAUUGGCUUCGUUCCCAUCACCGUUAUAAAAUGUUGGUGCUUGCAUAUGUCAUGCUGACGAAUAACACUGUAAACUACUUCUGAGAGUUGGUGUUAUGUGUUCUUAUGUGUUUGUCACAGUGUUCAUAUUAGGACAAUCAUCUCCUCCUGAGACUGAGGCUGGCCUAAUUAUAUAUAUAUAUAUAUCCGUAUAUAUACACACCUGUUCCCGGUAUAUAUAUAUACAUACACACAUACACACACGGGUGUGUAUAUAUACGGACAUAUAUAUAUAUAUAUAAUAUAUAUAUAUAUACAGUAUUUUUGUUUGUUUGUUUACCUUUUUGAGAGAAAAUGUUUAAUUUCUGAUGCAGCUGAUGAAUGCUUUGUGUUCUGUUCUGUAGCGUUGUCAGUCAAAGUGUUUUAUCGAGUCUCUUUGUUGUUCUGUUCAAUACGGUUUGACAUUUAAUGUUGAUGCUGAUGUUUCUCCCAACUUUAAACCCGAUAGGCUGAUGAUCUCCGUAACAACGCUCAUUCUGAUAAACGUAUUGGUUUCUGUGAACGUAACUAUGACGUUUUAACAGGACGUUUCUGAGCGUUCUUCAACACCAGGGUGCUUCUCUAGGUAUUGUGAUAUUCUGGAGAAAAAAAAUACAACCAAAUUUUAUUUAGAAUUGACUUUAUGUUUGGGAUAUUCCCUACUUUCUGUAUGUCUUGUGUGAGAAGACAAUGUAAAUAUUGCUAUUAUAAAAAUGUUCUGGGAUGUAAUGUAAAAUAAAAACUACAGGAGAAAAAUGA